ACAAAAUGCAAGGAAAUUCUCUUCUACCAGCAACACCAAUGAUAUGGUUGAUUGAUCGCUGGGUGGACUCUGACGCCUUCCGCCAAGCCAUAUAUGAAGCCGUCUGCUCUCAUGCUUCUGCACCAUCGUCGACCUCUCCAUCAGCUCUUCUGCCACCAGAGCAUCUUCAAUAUUUACAAAAUGAGGUCCAGGGAGGCAGCUCUUGUGAUGCUCCUAGCUAUUACGAUUCAGGCAGCCUCCGCUGCCAUGCCUUUCACAGCGAAUUAUCUUGCCACGACUGACACAUUCCAUACCAGAAUCCUCAAUGCGGGUGAACGGGUGGAUCUUGUUUUAGACAAAUCAUCAGCUGCUGCAUUUGGAUCGAAGAGCAAAUACUUGUUCGGAAGUAUUGGGAUGGGGAUCAAAUUGGUGCCUGGAAACUCUGCUGGCACCGUAACUGCUUAUUAUUUGUCCUCAGAAGGUGGAGAGCAUGACGAGAUGGACUUCGAGUUCCUUGGCAAGGGUGGAGAUCAACCCUAUAUUCUCCAGACUAACGUAUUUGCGAAGGGCAAGGGAGAUCGCGAGCAGCGGAUAAACCUUUGGUUCGACCCAACUGCUGACUUCCACACAUAUUCCCUGUUCUGGAAUAAGAACAUUACUGUAUUCUAUGUGGACACCACCCCAAUUCGAGUCUACAAGAACAAUGAAGACCUUGGAGUGCCAUACCCCAACAGUCAAGGGGUGGGCAUCUAUGCCAGCCUGUGGGACGGCAGCGAGUGGGCUACAGACGGUGGGAAAGUAGGCCUCGAUUGGAACGCAGCUCCCUUCGUUGCAUCUUUCCAAGGUUUCGGCGUGGACUCCUGCGACGUUGCUGGUGGCAUCUCCGCCUGCAAGGACGAUGGGAAAUGGUAUCAGGGAGCCGAACACCACGACCUGAAUGGAAACCAGAUUGCCCAGCUGAAAGAUGUCCGCCAGAAGCACGUGACAUACGACUACUGUACAGAUAGGAAAAGGACUGCAACUGCACCCGUCGAAUGCGCACGUAACUGGUAUGAGUAGAUUCUCAAGCUUGCUUCUUAAGCUGCCCCAUUAGUCUCCUGCAACGAUUUCAAGAAAAUUUUCUGCUAGAACAAUAGUCUGCCCUCCACACAACCUCUGUUUACAGUCUAGAAUAAGUGCGCUGUUCACGAUUCAAGUACAAGCUGGCUGGCACAAUACCUUGGCUGUGAGAUUGCUAUUUUGAGCAGCAUCACCACUACCAUCACCUUGACCUUCAGAUUAUAGUGCAGCGAGAAAACAAGGCAUGGUCAUCUUUAGAGUAGCCUUCCAUUUCACUGCACACAAAUCAAUUCAAUGCUGAAUUCACAAGUUGAAGCAAUUUACAUUUUUCCA